UUGAGGGGUAGUUGAUGUUUUAGAGAAUUCACCUAAAGACCCAGAUUUUGAUUUUCAUUUCCAAAUUUGUUAGAAAUCUGCACUGUGAAGUGGAACUAAAUAAUGGUGCCAAAAUUCCAUUAUUUGUGUAGAUCAUUGGGAUAUCACUCUCUUGAGCUUUUAAUUUUCUAAUGCCUUUAUGAAUUUUUGAAGUUCAAACAUAGAUUUCGGUGCAUCUAGGAUGUUAGGCCAUUGCUUUAUGUUCUUCUAAUCAGGGUGGUGAGAGUUGUUUUUCAGUUUCUUGUAAGAUUUCAUGUUUACACUUACUUUACUGGUUGAUGAAGAUGACUAUCCUUGGAGACUCAAGAAAGGGAAUAUCUUGAAAUUGUCACAUGAACCUGUUGCCACAAAAUCACGAUUAGCUCAAUGCAUUACUGAUGCUAUGUUUGGAUCACGAACUUUGAUUGGAGAAAUCUUAAUCCGCUCAGGCCUCAAAGGUUUUGGAAGUGAUAAAUACUCUGACUCUACUCUCAGUCCUAUGCAGGAGGAGCGUCUUCAAAGGCUUCAAGAAAGAUUGCACAUACAAUAUGACGAAGAUAGCCUCGAACAUCAAAAAGCUCUUAUAGAUUUGUGGCACUUAGCAUAUCCGGACGUUAAACUUGAAGGUUUGAUAUCUGAGCAAUGGAAGGAUAUGGGGUGGCAAGGAGCUAAUCCAUCUACUGACUUCAGGGGUUGCGGUUUUAUUUCGCUUGAGAAUUUGCUGUUUUUUGCUAAAACAUUUCCAGCUGCUUUUCAUAGGUUAUUACAUAAACAGUGUGGGAACCGAGCGACUUGGGAAUACCCUUUUGCAGUCGCUGGCAUCAAUAUAACAUUCAUGCUGAUUCAAAUGUUGGAUUUAUAUUCAGUUAAACCUAGAUCCCUUCCUGGUGCUAAUUUUCUAAAGUUAUUAGAAGAAACCGAAGAAGCUUUUGAUAUUCUAUAUUGUAUAGCUUUCGCUAUGAUGGAUGCUCAAUGGCUUGCAAUGCGUGCAUCAUAUAUGGAAUUUAAGGAAGUACUAAAAGUUACACGAACACAAUUGGAGAGAGAACUAUCAUUGGAAGACAUUUACCAAAUACAAGAUUUACCGGCUUACAAUAUACUCUACAGUUAGCAUUUGCUUUUAUCUCUUUCCUUCUCUAUAACCUUCAUGGAGAGCACAAUUUGGAUCUAGAAUUUUCUUGCACAGUGCAUCUGAAAGAUGAUGUCUAAUCUAGCAUUAUGCAAAAACAGUCAUGGAUUCUGUACCUAUAUGAAAGAUGUGAAAAUGCUUUUUUGUUUGACUCAAUACAUAUAUACAUACGCAC